UAGUGAUGUACAUGAAAUCCCAAUUAGUUUAUUUAAUGUUAGUCGGUGUGGCUGUUUUAGCUCAAACAUCCUGGGCCUUAAAAGAAGAAGACUGUGAAGUUUGUAUCAAAACUGUUAAACGUUUUGCCGACACUUUAACUGAUGCCACCAAAAAAGAUUACAAAUUGAUUGAGGCCGAAUUUAAAAAGUUCUGUAAAACACAAAAGAAUAAAGAACAAAGAUUCUGUUACUACUUGGGCGGUUUGGAAGAAUCUGCUACAGGUAUUUUGAAUGAAAUGUCUAAACCCUUAAGUUGGUCCAUGCCUGCCGAUAAAGUUUGUGAGAAAUUGAAGAAGAAAGAUGCUCAAAUUUGUGAUUUACGUUAUGAAAAACAAAUUGACUUGAACGCUGUCGAUUUGAAAAAGCUCAAAGUACGUGAUUUAAAGAAAAUUCUCAACGAUUGGGAUGAAGAAUGUGACGGUUGUUUGGAAAAGACCGAUUUCAUUAAAAGAAUAGAAGAACUGAAACCCAAAUAUGUUAAAACUGAAUUAUAAGAUUAAAUCACAAACAUAAUACACAAUUAAAAAAAACAAAAAAGACUUGAAUUAGUUAAAUAAAAACCAACAAAAAACAAAAACGUA